AUGGUCAUCCCUCGGUCCUUUUUACGUGCACGAACCCUGGUCGCCGCCCUAGCAAUCGCCUCAUUUCUCAUCUGGACCUUCUCCCAAUGGUCCUCUAGCGCCAACGGCUCCACCUUUGAUUAUAGCCUCGGCUCCACACAUACCUCCCCAGACCUGACAGCAGCGCACCAGAGUUUCUGGAGAAGCUUUCACGGAUAUUUGGAAAAAUAUGCACCGGACGUGAAUGCCUUGGUCGAGGAUGUGAAGGCCCCGACCGAGGGCUUCAAAGCGAAGGAUGCAGCACCGCGGCCGGAUUACAUCAGAGUUGCUACGGAGGAUAUCGCAAUGAUGAAGGAGGCACAUACUGGAUUUGUGGGAGCUAUUGCAACCUCGCCACCCCAGCUGCAAUAUAUCCCGGGUACCAAGGGCGUCGUAUCAACCGCGGGUGGUUCUUAUCUACCGGUACUGGUCAUAUCAUUGCGCAUGCUUCGCCGGACAGGGUCGACGCUACCAAUGGAGAUAUUCCUAGCAGACGAAGACGAGUACGAGGACUACAUCUGCGAUACGGUCUUACCAUCCCUAAAUGCGCGGUGUAUUGUCCUCUCUCGCAUCCUAGUUGCAGCACCAGCCAAGAUCGAAAAGUACCAGUUCAAGCCCUUUGCGAUGUUGUUCUCAUCAUUCGAGGAGAUUCUUUUCCUGGACGCAGACGCAUUCCCGCUCGAAAAGCCCGAGACCAUAUUUAGAGGAGAGCCGUUUCGCACGAAGGGAAUGAUCACCUGGCCUGACUUCUGGGCAUCGUCUGUCUCGCCCAUCUUCUAUGAGAUUACCGGUGCGCCAAUUCCAGACAUGAACCUCCGCCAAUCCACAGAGUCGGGCGAGCUUCUUAUUUCCAAGAAAACCCAUUUGCGCACACUGUUGCUUUCCACGUAUUAUAACUACUGGGGACCCUCACAUUACUACCCGCUCUUGUCACAGGGAGCAGCCGGAGAAGGCGACAAGGAAACAUUCGUCGCCGCCGCGACAGCAAUGAAUGAGCCAUUCUACCAAGUCAGCGAAUCAAUCUGCGCACUCGGGCAUCGAAAGGAAGGAGGCAUGGCAGGCUCGGCGAUGGCGCAGUUCAAUCCCAUGCAGGAUUACAAGCUUACAAGCCAAGGAAAAUGGCGUGUCCGUGGCGAUGAGGCGCCCGCCCCCAAUGUUUUCUUCAUUCAUGCGAAUUUCCCCAAAUUCAACCCCGCCACAGUAUUUGAAAAACACGAGGUCAACCCUGCGUUCCUUGAUGACGGUUCCUAUACUCGUGCCUGGACGAUUCCUGAAGACGUUGUUGGUCGAUUUAGUGCCAAGGUCGAUAUCGAGAAAGCAUUCUGGCGCGAGAUUCUUUGGACGGCUUGUGAGCUGGAACACAAAUUUGUAUCGUGGGAUAAUUACCAAGGGAUUUGUGCUGGUGUUAAAGAUUACUGGCAUAAUGUUUAUGAGUCCGGGUCUAAAGGACUCCCGUCGUGA